AUGGGUGGAAACCCUAAUUGGUGGACAACUUCUUUAGCUGAACAGCCUCAGACAUGGAGCCAAUUUGUCAUAGGCGAAGAACAUAGGGUUUUCAACCAAACCCAGAUGACUCAUUAUCAUCCAACAAAGUUGGAGAAUUUCCAACACCAAAUCUUCAACAACAAUCCAAACUUUGCUCACUUUUCAUGUAAUACUAACAACCCACAUCACGGGAGCAACCGUGUCGUCUCCGGCGGUGGCAGUGGCGCCCCCGACCCCGACCGCUCGUUGGAGUCGAAUCGCUCCGCUGUCGUCGGCGGUGGCGCGUGUAAGAAAGCUAGGGUUCAUCCGCCAUCUUCAACCCAACCACCUUUAAAGGUGAGGAAGGAGAAGCUCGUAGAUCGAAUUACAGCUCUUCACCAAAUCGUCUCUCCAUUCGGAAAGGUAAAAUUUAGGGUUUAG